UGGGACGAAUAGACCUACCGGGUAUAUAGAUGUGCUGGAGCUCUAGUAAUAUUUACUGCACUGUUACUACUGCACUCGCGCGCAUGGUCCCGUGGAAGUCGUCGUCACGGUUACCUAGCUCAGGCCAGUGAUGAGAAAAUCGAGAAAAUUUUGUUCACUCGAUCCAAGGAGCCCAGACCCUGGUGCCAGAAACCCGGUCCCGGUGCCGGCUAUUGCCGCUGUAAAAGAAGAAGACAUGCGUUGAGCGUGUCGAUUGUUUUCCGUUGGGAGUCAUUCUGUAGUCUGUCUUAAUACUUAAUAAGUGAGCGGCGUGUCAAUAUGGGGUCCACUCCGCUUGCAAAGGACGAGAUGGAACCACCUCGAGACGCGCAGAAGCAUAAAGAUGAGGAGCGGGAUGUUGAGGUUGGACCUGAGAUGGUCGAUAUUGAUAGGAUCGAGAAGGUUUACAAGCGACUAGACAGACGGAUAUUGCCUGCAUUCUGGGUCCUCUACUUUCUAUGCUCGGCCAUCCGAUCCAAUGUCGGCCUCGCUCAGACCAUGAACACCAGCAACGGCCAUGACCUCGCUUCGCAACUCCACUUGACGCCCAAGCAAGUCUCGACUGGCCUGGCAUUGUUCUACGUCUGCUAUGUCAUCUUUGAUCUUCCCUCCAACUUGGUCAUGUCCAGGCUCAGUCCGCAUGUCUGGAUGAGUAGGAUUGUCACAGGCGUGGGUAUCAUCGGAAUGUGCUUGACUGCCAUGAAGGCGGCAUGGAGCUUCUACCUUCUACGGCUUCUGCUUGGUAUUGUGAUUGCUGGCAUGUGGCCCGGUAUGUCGUACUACCUCACGCUGUUCUACCCUCCAUCACGUACCGGCAAACGCAUUGGACGCUACUUCACUGCCGCCCAAGUCUCUGCAGCGGUCGUAGGCCUCGUUUCCGCAGGGUUCCAGAAGAUGGAUGGGCUUGGUGGGCUCGUCGGGUUCCAGUGGAUGUUUCUCCUCUAUGGCAUCGUCGGAACCUUGGUUGGCAUCUCGCUGCUGUGGUGGCUCCCGGAUCGACCCCUUCCUCCAGGCGAGGUUCGCUCCCGCUCACGGUGGCUGAAGUGGAUCCCUGAGAGCAAGCCUGCUCUGACUGGUGAAGACGCCCGGAUCCACUAUGAGGACCUCACCAGAGUCUAUCAUAGUCGGGUGUGGACGAUGAAGGAGCUGUGGGCAGUCGUCACGGACUGGCGGCUCUGGCCCCUCGUGGUCAUGUACUUUGGCGUCGUUGGUGUCGGAAUUGGGACCCAGAGCUACGGGACAGUCAUCAUCAGGGGCAUCAACCCAAAGUUGACGGGCGUCGAGCUUAGUCUGCUCUUUGCGCCUAUCUGGAUUAUGGACCUCAUUGCUAUUCUCAUCGUUACUCCCAUUUCUGACCGCUUUCAUCAUCAUCGCGCUCUGUUCUUCAGCGGCGCUGUCAUGAUCCAGAUCACGGGCCUGCUGGUUACCACCUUUGCGGGAAAUGGGUCAUCGUCGUGGUCGCGGUACGGUGGCCUCUUGCUGGUCGGGUUUGGGCUGGGGCCAACGGUGCCCAUCUGUAUGACCUGGACCAACGAGAUUUUCCAGCCGCGCCACGGAGAGGUUGGUGUCGCAGCGGCCAGCGCCCUCGUGUCGGGACUGGGGAACCUGGGCAGCAUUCUCACCACCUACGCCUUGUAUACCGGAUGGCCAGCGGAUUCGGUGGGGCCUCACAAGUACCGCAAGAGCAACUUGGUCAUGAUCGCAAUCCUCUGCGCGAGUAUUGUCGCUGCUGCCACCAUGGUAGCUCUUCUCAGGCUGUUUGGCAACGACAAGGCAAAGCAAAUGAGCGGCGCCAGCUCGACGGGCGAGGGCGAGGCCGUCUACAUUGACGGAGCGGCUCGGCGAGAGGUACAUCAGCGGGGGUUAGGGCGCAUGGUCUGGUCUAGGCGGCGGUGAGGUGUACAGUCUAUCCCUGCUCUACCAGGUGUAUACAAGUAAGUACGAAUGGAAGGGAGAAAGAAUCCAUCGGAACCCCCUUGAGACGGUGGUCACGAGCAGCUGUCGCGUGGAGGGCUACCAGCGCUGGGAUGGACGUAUGCGCGUCAGCAUCCCGGGCUCACGAGCGGCGGCGGGCAGUAGUAAAUAGCGUGCGAAUCGUCGUGGGUGAGAAAUUAGAUGAAGCCUUUUUUUCCGCGCCCCGCUCCCUCCACCAUGGUCGUGAUGC